UUGGUUUGAACUUCCGAGGAAGUAAUGGGACUUCAAGAAGGGGACAAUGGGGGGAAAGCUGACUUGAUAAAACAAGUAUCAUAUUGUUACAUGCCGUCUCGUAUCGCAACAUUUGUAAACUUUUCUCGCGUCUUAGAUUUUUGAACACUUGGAUUUUCAUUUUUGGAUUAGGUCAGAACUCUAAACAACGGAGUGAUAUUCAACACUUAAACGACAUGAACGGCUCGGGCAGACCUCUUUAAGAUUUCCAUUUUACCUUUGUGUUUUGCUAUUAAAGAGAACACACGUUCCGGAGAUAUGUUUUGUAGCUGCGUUAAAUGAGUUUGCUGGAAUUCCCCAGAGGUUUUGGAAUGUACGCACGACAGAAUUUGUCAGCCCUACUUACGAUUUUGUUCCUUAUUUUUACGUUAUUUUUAACGGUAGGUAUUUGCACAGACCUUAAAGUAUUAGUUCGUUUGAGUGAUGGGCAAAUUACAGAGGAAACUCUGGAGGCAGACAGUGAGAGGGAUGUUAUCACUGUGGAAUUCAAGCAAGGAGAUGGUACUCUUAUAACAGUCUUGGCUGACUUUAAACGGCAUGUGAAGAUCUUCCGUGCCCUGGUCCUCGGGGAACCGGAGCGGGGCCAGACGCAGUACCAGGCCCUGUGCUUCAUCACACACCUCGACCCUCGAGAGUUCAUCCCCACCGAGUCCAUGGCGCGGCUCCGCCAGAAAAACUCUCACGUGGUGCGGUCGGCGGACGAGAGCCGGGGCCUGGAGCAGCUCAGCAUGGACGUGGCCGUCAACCUGACCCAGGCCUGGCAGCUGAGCGCCCACGUGCGCAACGUCUGUGGCGAGGCCCAGCAGGCCUACACCAGCCAGGCAGACGUGAGCCGCUGGACCGGCAGAGGACUGGAGAGAUCCAUGUUUGAGGCCCAGCCCUCCGACCCGGACGUGCCCACUCUGCCCGCCUGCUCGGCGGCCACGGGCCUGUGGGAGGCCUGCCUGUGCUCGUACGGCCUGAGUCUGGAGUGGUACCCCUGCCUGCUCAAGUACUGCCGCGGCCGAGGCCCCAGCCCCUACAAGUGCGGCAUCCGGAGCUGCAGCAAGACCUUCCGCUUCAGCUUCCAUACGCCACACAGACAGCUCUGUCUCUGGGACGAGGAGGCGUAGGAAGCGGUGCCCCGUGCCCAGCCGUGUGCCCGUAUGUUCACAUGCCAAGUGUGCCAAGCUUGAGAUGUUCUCCUCCUCACAAGCAGUCGAGAUGUAUCUUUUUAUCUUUUUUCCUCUGCAUCUCUGAACGUCAAAAAAGAUGUGUGCCUUUCUGUGACACUGUGUGUGCGUGACGCUGUGUGUGCGUGACGCUGUGUGUGUGACGCUGUGCCCCAGGGCCAGAGUACGUGGAAGACGGUUUCACAAGGAGCCGUCACACUCACCGUGUUAAGGGAUAAUUAGUAUGUUGUGCAGUGGUGCAAUGAUCUGGUGACACACAGUGGCCCCAACGUCACAUGCUGGACGCCUUGAUCCCAGAGGAGAAGAGUCUUAUCUCUUAGUUUGACUUCCUUACAUAUGCAGUUUUCUUUUGCUAUUAUUAUUAUUAUUAUUGUUAUUAUUAUUGUAUUAUUUAUGAACAACAGUAGCUGGUUAGAUAUCCGUGAAGCUAGAAAUAUCUUUAUAGCACUAAAAGACAAGUUUGGAUUAGAUUAUCUGACUGGAAACUUGGUAGAUCACAACUUGGUAGUAGCACUCACUCACAGUACAUAAACCUGUACCUCAUGCAAAUGUCUUUCUUCAUUGCUCAGUUUCAAAUGAUCAUAAUUGACAUCAGGUUCAGUCACCACUCCACCACACGUUGCCCUGCCUUAAAAUGAAUGCUGGGCCACUAUGGCAUGUUGGCUUUAAGCCACACAGUAUAUUAAACGUAUUCUCAGUGCCUUUCCACCAGGUGCCAAGUUCCCCCUUACUUGUUUUUUACAGAGGUGCCUGAGCUGUUUCACCUCCAGCUGGUCUUGUUAUGCUUGGCAGUGAGGCAUUAGGAGUUCGAUGUGUUAAUAAAAUGUUAAUUAAGUGUUAUAUUGAUGUUGAUCAAAUGUUGUCCUUGCUUGGUAAAGGUUAUUAUUGACGGAGAUUAUUCAUGCCAGUUGAAAAUGCUAUAUGCUCCCGACUUGGGUAUUAGACCUAGGCGUCUAUGUUCAGGAAACCGUCCCUCAAAGGGUGUCUGUUUUUGCACCAUAUCCUUUGAUUUAAAGGUGUUUUAUUUUUCAUUAUGUAGAAAUGUUGCACGCAUGUAUUGACACUCACAGACCGAAUUUCACUGUUGGAUGGUAAUGGGACUUGUAAGAGGUCCAGGGUUUUCUCUACAUUAUGUGUAUGCCCUACCGUCAUCACUACGGGUGACCAUAUGCACCAUUAAUGACAUGAAAGUGAUGCUAAUAUUACUGUGAACUGACACAAGCCAAAUAUGGUCCAAGUUGCAACAUACGUGUAUGUAGAAUAUUGAGAUAUAAAUCUUUAACUAUUUUUGUACAACUAAAUCUGAGGGUAUUACCUGCAUUUGUGAUGGUUAAAUAAAAUGCUGUUCUUACAAAGAUUGG